AUGUCUAACAUUGUCAAGGAACCCACAAUUGAUGAAAGAUCUAUAACCCACUCAGACUCAGAUCUCAAUAUUUCACAGGAUAAAAAUCAAUUAUCACAAACUGAAUCAUUAUACCCACGUCAAACUCUUUUAAAAAAACUAGAUUUUACAAUCUUACCAACAUUAUCCUUAAUAUUUUUCGUUUUUUCAUUAGAUCGAGCAAAUUUAUCUCAAGUAUUAACAGAUAAUUUUCUUGAAGAUCUUCAAAUAACUCAAAAUGUUACAAAUGCAGCUGUUGCAAUAUUAUGGGGUGCGAUUUGUAUUGGUGAUAUUCCAUCAAAUAUCAUCUUAUCUAAAAUUGGUGCUAAAUAUUGGAUCCCUUUACAAGUUAUACUAUGGGGGAUAGUAUCAACAUUCCAAGCGUUCAUCAAGACAAGGCAACAAUUUCUUGCGACUAGGUUCCUAUUGGGUCUUUGUGAAAGUGGAUUCAUACCUAAUUCAAUGGCAUUUUUAGCUUCAUAUACCACAAGAGAAGAAUAUGGGAAAAGAGUUGUACUAUAUUUUUAUGGGAAUGGAUUUGCUGGGAUGUUUGGUCCUUUGAUUGCUAGUGGGAUUUUAAAAAUGAGAGGUUAUCAUGAUUGGCCAGGUUGGAGAUGGUUAUGGUUGAUUGAAGGUAUUUUCACAAUUUUCAUUGGAUUGAUUUCAUUUUUGUUAUUACCUAAAUCUAUAGAUGAAAGUAGCACUGUAAUGUUUGGUGAAUUAUUGAAUAAUGAUGAGACUGAAUGUUUUAUAGCACAAUUGAAACUUCAAGAUAGAGCUAUAAACAACAGUGACCAAACAUCAUCAAGAUCAAAAUCAAUAACUUUUGGUGAUGUCAAAGAAACUUUGAAAGAUUGGAGGAUAUAUCCACAUUUCCUUAUGGCAUUAACAGGAUUACCAGCAUUCCAACCAACAACAACAUAUGGUUCUCUAAUCUUGAAGCAAUUGGGGUUUAGCACCAUAAAUUCAAACUUAUUAGCAAUUCCAUGGGGUGCUGGUGGAUUAAUAACAACAUUAGUCUUGGUAACAAUAAGUGAUAAAUUCAAAGAUCGUUCAUUACCAAUGUUGAUAGGUUCCAUAUGGUCUUGGAUAUUAGCAAUCAUCAUCAAAACCAAAUCACAAGUUUAUAAAAGAUGGAGUUUUUAUGCCCUUUAUACCAUAUAUCAAAUAGCACCAUCAUGGCAUAAUAUCAAUGCAGCAUGGAUUGCAGAGAAUCAAAUUACUUCACAAAGAAGAUCUGUUGUAUUAGCUUUAUAUUUCAUGAGUGCAAAUGCAGCAGCUAUCCCUGGAGCUCAAAUAUUUAGAGCAAAUGAUUCACCAAAUUAUCCUAAAGGUUGGAUUGCAAUUUUGGUAUUAUUUGUAUGUUUGAAUGUGAUUAUAGUAUUGCAAAGAUUUCAAUAUGUAUGGAGUAAUAAAAGGAAAGCAAGAAAGUUGAAACAGUUGAAUGAGUUGGGUGAGUUGGAGUAUUUGGAUCUUAUCAUCCCUGGUGAUACUUCAGAUUUGACUUUUAAACAUCCUUUAUGA